AUGAAUUCUGUUGAUAAUAAGGAAGUAAGUGAUAAUCGUUCAAUGAGCAAUAAAGAUGAGUUUAAAGAGAAGAGUUCAUCAAGUAUAAAAAUAAAUCUGUUUGAAGAAGAAAUAAGUCUCGGAUGUUUAUCAAAUAUAAAUAGAGGGAAAUUAGAAAGGGUUUGUUUUUUCUUAGGUUUAGAAAAAUAUAUAAAAAAAUUAAAGAAAACUGUAAAUAGAUUUUAUUUCAUAUAUGUAGUAGUAACAAUAAUAAAUUUUUUAAUAUAUUUGAAUAGAGGAAUAAUACCAGGCUCAUAUGAUUAUUUGUCAUCAUAUUUAAAGGAAGUAUAUGCAACCACUAAUGUAGAUGUACAUAUAGGUUUUUUAACGUCCGUGUUUGUAUUUGGCUUAAGUAUAAACUCGGUAAUAAGUGGAUCUCUGGCAUCUUCCUAUAGUGUAUUUCGAAUAACAGAUAUAUUUUUAUUCCAAAACGCAUUAGCAUUGCUAUUUACAGGAUUAUCUUUUAUUAUAGGCUCCUAUUAUUCUUUAAUGUUUAGUAGAUUUUUUUGUGGGUUUAGUGAAGCAGCUUUUACUACUAUUAUUCCUCCUCUUAUUUAUUCAUAUUCUAAGGAUAGAGCUGGGUCAUGGAUAAGUAUAUUUAUUACUAUGUUUCCCUUAGGAGGAUGUAUAGGUUACUUACUAGCUGUUGUUCUUCCAGUCCUUAAGGUCAGUAUCGCACAAUAUUUUAUUUUUUCUGGAAUAUUGUUUUUAGUAUUUACUUUUUUAGUCUACCUUUUUGAUGAGAAUUUAUUGAAAAAGUAUGAAGAUGAAAAGAGUAGGAAAGAAAUGGAAGUAUCAAAUAAGGCAGGAAAAGAUUUAGAGGAGGGGAUCGCCUUAAAAAAUGAUAUUAGCGUCAAGGAUGCUAAUGCAAGCGGAGGUGCAAAUUCAGGUGCAGCUGUACAUGUUGAUGGUUCCAAGGAUAAUAAGCAAAAGAGUUCAGCAAUUAGCGGUAGUAAGAAUAAAACAAACGCUUCCGAAAAGAACAAGAACGAAGCGAGUCCUGUGCAGAAGGGAAGCAAUAAAAAUAAAAGCAGCGUUAAUAGUGGUAGCGCUGAUGCUAGUGGAGCCAACAACAGUAGCAGAAACGUUAGUGGUAGCAAGAGCAAUAGAAAGAACGUAGGGAGCUAUGACCGAGGUAGAAGAGGAGUGAGCAAUGGGAGGAGCGAGGAAAAAGAAAGUGAAAACGGCAGAAAUAACAGUAGUGUACAUACAAAUAGCAGUGAAAAUGUAGGAGAAAAGGAUAAAAACAAGAAUACAAGCAACAGUAGAAAUAGCAUGAAUAAUGAACACUUUGGAAGCUUAAAUAAUCUAAGUUUGUCAAAAUUAAAGAAUAGUUCUAGUACAAAAAGUGUAAAUAGUGUUGCACAUUCAAAAAAUAGGAGUUCAACUGAUUUUUCAGACCAAUAUAAUAAAAUGUAUGAAGAAAAUACAUUUAAUACAAAUAACAAAAGAAAAGAUAAUAGUAUGUAUGAUGAAGAAAUAUUAUAUCAAGUAGAUGGAACUAUUGAUGAUCAUAAUAUUAAUAAUAGUAUUUCUUAUAAUUCUACUCAAAAGAAUUUUAGUGAUAACAAUAAUACAGAAUAUAUGAAUGAGAAUGAUAUGGGAAGAAAUGUAUAUGAGGAAGAAGGGAAAAACAUAAAUAAUAAUAGUUAUAUAAAUAAUAAUAUAGAUAAAAUUUUCACUAUGCAAGCAUAUGGUAGUGAUGAAUUAUAUUUAAAUACUACACAAGAAUCAAAUGGAAAAGGUAUGACCAACGUUAAUAAAUUUUUAGAAAUGGAAUUAGAUAAUUGUAUCGAGUCUAUUGAUGAAGAUAAAAAUGACGAUUUAAACAUGAACGUACUUAUAUAUACUACCUUAACAAAUGUUAGUUUCUUAUUAAUAGUUUUAGUAUUAACAGCACAUGUAGACAUGAUACAAUGUUAUUUGGUAUACGGUGCACCUAUUCUUUAUGCUCUUAAAAUUUUUCCAUCUUAUAAAACAGCAACCAUUACUUGUAGUUUAUGUGCUUGUAUGUCAUCUAUCCUUGGGACUUGUUUUGGAGGGUAUUUGGUCGAUUUUUAUAAUUUAAAUAUACAAAAUAUUGAUAUAAAUUAUGAACAUAUAAAAAAUAAUGAAAAGAAAAUAAAAAAAUAUAGCAAGGAUGUUUUAGUUCAUGAAUAUCUUCGAAUUAUUGGCUUCUUAACCUUAGUUAUAUUGAUUAUUGCCACUGUUCUUUUGUUAUUAAUUCCGUUUAUUACGAACAUGUACAUAUUCACCAUUGUUAUGACCCUUGGGCUCACUUCCCUCUUUUCCAUUCUGCCUGGAUAUAACAUUGGAGUUAUGGUUUGUGUGCCCCGGAACAUAAGAGCCUUUUCCAUUGGAAUGUCCUCAUUUAUAUCUCAUUUGUUGGGUGAUAUCCCUUGGACAAUUAUCAUUGGAAAGAUAAAGGGAACCCUAUCCCCCGACUGUGUUGUCACGCGAAACGGUGAGAUGAGUGAACGAUGUUAUGAGCAAAGUUGGGGUUUAAGAAUGACUUUACUAAUUAUUUGUUCGAAAGCCCUUGUAAUGACAAUGGGUAGUUUUUUGCUUUACGUAUACUCUAAGUAUAAAUCGGAGAGAUACAAAAGUAGACAAAUUAAAGCAUAA